UUUCGAGUCGAUGUUUUCGACUAGUGGAAGACUACGCUGAUAAAUUGGUUGAUUUAUUGUAUCAACGUGCCCGUUGACUACAGGUGGAAAGAGUUCAUCGAAAAUCUAUGUGAAAAUUGAUUGGAAGAUUUUUGAAAAAGAAGACGUUCGUCGGUAUUCGAGGAAUGUGUACCAUCUGCGACUGCCUGCACCGUUUUAUCUACUGAGUAAUCGACACCUGGUAUGAAGAACGCGACAGAACGCCACGAAAAGAAUAACAUACAUUUGUACGAAUGACAGAUGCGUGUUUGCAUAGACACGACCGACCGAGUAAUCGUUCGAUAGAUGACAUCGACGGGACCAACUAUCGAAGUGUUUCGGUUUACCGUGGCUCGAUUCGAGCAUAUCGAACCACGUAUCGGCGAGUCGAAUGCGGUUCCGUUGACAUUUCAAGAAUCAUAGACCAAUGUAGCGCAAUGUUUGUCAGAUUGGCCAUCGUUACUGCGGCGCUGUGCCUGUGGAAUGGAGUCGGAAGUCAGUUCAGCGACAACACACCUCCCGUGAUGUGGAUAGAUCGAAAUUUGGUGCUUCUGGAUUCAGAGCCCGUAGGAAGCGUGGUGACUAGGGCCCGUGCCGAGGACAAUGAACAGGAUCAGCUAACCUAUGGCCUGGAACCUCUUGGGCACAACUACAACGGAAACGACAGUCCGCAGCCCUCGCUCCCUUUCUUCAUCAACAAUAGCACUGGCAUUAUCUACGUUAAUGAAACGCUCAAAGGCAAAGGAGGGCAGAACCUGUUCCUUUACGUGACCGUCUCCGAUGGUCAGCUCACGACAAAGACCGAGGUCUACGUCACCAUCAAGAACACCUCGGCUCCCAAUGGAGGACACACCAGGAGCCCGUUUCCGGGUCAGCACGGCUCUGCUGGCAGAAUACGGCCGCCACUGUUGGGCCUGUCCAGCCUGCCCAGCUACCCCAGGCCCGCGCUGCCUCACAAACCGGUGGCUGUGCUGCCCAGCAUGCCGAAAACGACCAAGCUGCAGCCCGAGGACGCGAAACAGGCCGAGGGUGAUCCUGGUCCAGGCACCACCGGUGUCCCACAACAGCCCACGGAGGAGAACGAGGUCGAGGGGCCGCCACUCAGCUCGAAAAUUGCACCUGCCGAGGCACCGCCUUCCCAAGAUAUAGCAAUCACCUUGGUACCUGUCACGGCGGUCUGUGUGCUAGUCGUGGGCCUCGGCAUGGGCGCCUGGUCACUGAGAAAUAAAUUCUGCGGCAACCGGAAGUCGAAGGAAGACACGAAAGAACAAGCUUCAGUUAGCGUCUCGAACAUAUCAGACGAUCCAUCGCUUGUUUUGAAAAGAUGGCGAGGUCCAAAAGCGCAUAACAAUCGAUACGAACCCUGGGAAAAAGAGAACCAAGGUGGACAGAAUAAGCAAGAAGAUAAAUGGGAAUUUCCGAGACAUCGAUUAAAGGUCUUCAACAUUCUUGGCGAGGGUUGCUUUGGUCAAGUCUGGAAAUGCGAGGCCUUAGAUAUCGAUGGGAAAUCGGGAGCAACUAUCGUCGCCGUGAAGACAUUAAAGGAAAAUGCGACAGAAAGGGAACGACUAGAUCUUGCACAAGAGUUACGAGUCAUGAAAAAUUUGGAUCCCCAUCCUAACGUAGUCAGACUGUUAGGUUGCUGUACAGAACGCGAACCUAUGUUCGUAAUUUUAGAGUAUGUAAGCGGUGGUAAGCUGCAGAGCUUUUUGAGAGCAUCUAGGGAGGAAAGGAAUCACGGUGGACCAGGUUUGACGUCCAGGGAUUUAACUGGAUUUGUUUACCAAAUUGCCAAAGGUAUGGAGUAUUUGGCCUCCAAAGGAAUUAUACAUAGAGAUCUAGCUGCGAGGAACAUAUUGAUCGACGAGAAUCGCGCGUGUAAAGUCGCGGAUUUUGGAUUCGCCCGAGACGUGGCUGCUAAUCAAAUAUAUGAGAGAAAAUCCGAGGGACGGUUACCCAUCAGAUGGAUGGCCCCAGAGAGCUUGUACGACAACAUCUUUUCCGUGAAAUCGGAUAUAUGGAGUUUCGGUGUAUUAAUAUGGGAAAUCGUGACGCUAGGAUCCACGCCUUAUCCUGGCUUAGCUGCCGCUGAGGUAAUGAGGAGAAUCAAAGAGGGCUACAGACUAGACAGGCCAGAGCACUGCAAAAGAGAGCUUUAUAACAUUAUGUAUUACUGCUGGGACAAAGAUCCGGCAUGUAGGCCAUCCUUUGGGGAACUCGUCAGUCUGACAGAGGGCCUUUUACUCGACGAAACCGAUUACAUCGAAUUAGAUAGGUUCCCGGACCACUCGUAUUACAAUGUACUCAAUCUCAGUGGAGAAAAAUUGUAAAUGAUGUACUUAAAAUACAAGUACCAUUGAUCUU